UGUCUCAAAUUGAUGGCUGAUCAUGGUAGGUUCAUCAAAACUUAAUAUGCUGCUGAACUUCAAGCUUAAUUUUUUGGUUGUUUCAAAGGGCUACAGCAUGACGUCAUUUGUUCUUUUCCAGGGACAGAUCGAUAAUGCCACCUUAGGAGGACAACUAAACAAGAAAGGGGGGGGGGGUUAAGAUCCAGGAGGUCCUGAUUUUCAGAAAGUGAUGGGAUCUGUCUUUUACCUCAAGGGUAUUCUAAACAAAAUUUGUGUUAGUCCAAGAUGUCAUGGUUUUCCCUUGAACAGUGCAGAAACCUGUUAUUUUUAUGUAACUUGGGUGGUCUUGGGGUCGGGGCUGUGCUCUUGGUAGCCCUCUUUGGUAUGCCCUAGUUCUGUUCCAAUUUUUUGCUAUGAUGGUAUAUUUUUAACUUAAAGUUGAGCUGUAUGGUAAAUUUACAUGCAAUUUUCUGUUAUCACACAUUUGUUGUUUUAGGAUUUUUGACACCUAAGGAGUGUCCCUGCUCUGCACGUGCCCAGCACCCACAUUCACCAGAAGUUGGGUCACCGGACAUGUCGCCAUCGCCCCUGCGUGGCCAGGUGCUGCGGAUGUACCGGCAGAUCCUGCGCACGGCUCGCACUUGGGAGGCGGCUGAGCCGGCGCAGACGGACGAGCAGCGGCUCUACAUCCGGUCCGAGGCUGGGACGCUGUUCCGGCGGCACGCCGGCGUCACUGACCCGGAGCUGGUGCGCCAGUACCUGACCGAGGCCGAGAGCCGGCUGGAGAUGGCGCUGCACUACGGCAACCCGUACCCGCGGCCGGUCAACCUGCCGCCGGGCGCGCUGGCGCCGCGCGACGGCCGGCCGCUGGGACGCGCCCAGCGCCGCAGCCGCGCCCAGAGUCGGCCCGUGUACUCGCGCUCCGAGGACGAGGGCAGCGGGCUCGACCGGUGACGGUGUCGCCUCGGGCGGUGGCGUCGCGGGCAUGCAGUGGAGCGAGGCAUGAGUGGUUGCGGUCGUGCUGGUGUGAUUUGUGGCACUGCUGAGGGUGUGUUACGCAGUUGUUGCGCUAUCUCUGAGGCAAAGGCAACCUGUUUAUACCAUACAGGGCUUGCUGGUUUUCCCAGUGUAAGAGCGUAGUAUGAGCAUACACGGCAUAGAACAUGAGUGUGCUAGUCGCCUACCUAAGUACGCGAUGUUGACGUAAAUUAUAAAAUAGGCUUGAAUUCGUGGGAAACUCGAUUGUGCUGUUGACGACCUUGACGAGUCCCGUACCAAUACACCUAAAUUGUCGUU